GCCCUCCUUCCUUCGAUUGCCUGUCGCCUGCGCGCCAUCUCCACCACCACCACCACCGCCGCCUCCUCCGUCCUGCUCGUCCGCAUCCGCAUCCUCAUCGCCCACAACACCGACGCGACUCGGCAAGCCGGUGUUUCGCCCAUCUCACUACACCCGCCGUCCAUGACGCGUGGUGUUUUGAUAUUUUCGCAUUCCACGGCAACAACCUAAACCGCUCGCGAAUCGAACAACAAGGACAUCCUUAUUGUCGUCCGACUACUGUGCGCCCACCCUCAUGUCCGACGACGACGCUCGAUAGCCUCAGCCCGUCCUGGUUGUUUGCGCCUGGCGCUCAUCGCAGUUCCGCACCUCACGCGCGCUCACGGACCAGAUCUCCCGUCCCCAAAUCUUGCUGCCUUGCUAUCGUCCAGGCACCGCCAUAUUGGACCAGUAACGCUAGGCAGUAGCAAGGUGACCGCGUAGCUUCCCAUUGUCAACAACACGCCCCGCUUUGCCUUUGCGCACAAGCUCGAAAACGACAACCGCCACCUUCGGCGCGAUACCCACGUCGUGGUGCGCGUCCAGAGACUCUCCUCGAAACCCACGCCGGACUCACCAGCAAUGGAGUUGGAAUACUCCCCUCGUCACUCACCAGGAGGCUCGAUGCAUAUGCUCUCACCUACGCACCCGAGGAGCCCACAAUUCGACGGAUUCACGACCAUUCGCCAGAUUCGCCGCUCCCUCUCGCGUUCCCCUUCGAAGCCGUCGAGAUUCGCCCUAUCAACGAAAGGAACCUCACACAAUGCGCCCAUGUCUCCUGCGCCGCGAUCGCCAUCGGGACUCAGUCGCGCGUAUAGUGCAGAUCAGAGCCAGCUCGAGUCGAGAAGCAAAACCACAGGUCAGCGUUGUGGAUUGGCACGGACGAGGUCGCGCAAAGCAUCACCACCUAACAGUCCGCUGCGGCGUGCACUCAGUGACAACUCCAAUCAAGGCAACGCAACGCCGCGCUACCCGACGCGCCGGACGUCUGCUGAACACGAACAGGAAAACAUGGAUUGCUCGGAAGAUUCUGUGAAGGCUGCGCCAGACUCGCGAUCUGUCGAUGCCAUCAAACUCGACUUCUCCAAACCAGGCCCCGAAAAGUUCUUACAUUCUGUGCUACGAGAACAUGCGUCACCCAUGAAGUCGAGUCCGCUCAAACGAAGCGAUGGUGUCAUGAACCUGGAAGCCGCGAGCUUGGGAAGUCCUCGCAGCAGCAAGCGUAGGAGCUUACACAGCGCUUCGAGCAUAGACUUCAACAUAUUCGAGCAGAGCUUUGACGGUGCUCAGUAUGAGCCUGCGGUAUCACCUGACGAAGACAAGGAGAAGGAAACCGCGCCGACCUUCACCUGGAACAUGGCUCCACCACCAAGCUCACCACAAAGGCGGCCGUUCAGUCUACGGAAAACUACAUUGUCUCAGCGCGCUGGUUCUGCUCGAAAGAAUCUGUUCGCAGAUUCUAUGCGCGAUUCGGUGAUGAGUCCCUCACUCACUCGUGCUCGAUCAAGAUUCUCAUUGGACGGCGCACUGCCCUUGCGCAGUUCGGACAUGGACUCGGCGCUUCGGAGGAGUGCAGCCAGCGAUCCUCCAGUCUUGUUUCCACCGUCUGUGCAACAGAAACAACUCCAGUCAGCGCCCAAGCCUCAUCCACUGUCUCACGCGUUGACCCCUUCGUCUUCCACAUCGAGCGUGCUGGAUGAUGGCGCUACACCAGCUGGAGAACCACCUGUGGCACCUCUCGGCGCCCCUGCCGAGAAGCCAUCAGGGGCACCAAAACGAUGCCCUGGAUUCUCCAAGUCGCUGCCACUGGGUGCGCUACGCCCAAACUUAGCUGCUGACUCUCAGGGAGAUGCUCACGCUACACCCGCUGGAUACAAGAUGGCGAAGCCAUUGCCACAAGCUUUCAUGUCAACUGGACUGAUCUCGAAACGACACCGUAAUAUGGAUGGCGGCCCUGCUACACUCUUUCAAAGUACCAACAUGCCGGACACACCUUCCAAAAAGCAGCCACUGCUUCAUUUUGGGGGAACUCCUGCUCCCUCCGCACUGGGUAAGCUUGCGCGUCCCAUGCAUGAGUUUGGAAGCCCGAGCACACCCUUCAAUGGCAGAGUCUCGAAGGCAUCUCCGCAGUCGUUUGGCAAGGGUGUCAACAUAUUCGGGUCCAAGACAAAUCAGGCUCAGCUCACCAGAAGGAGCUCCUUCAUCAGCAUUGAUGGCGACGAGCCUAAUGACUCACCUACUGGACAUCUGGACAACCAUGCCAUUGCCGACGACCUGCCACCGACACCCACCAAAUCCACGACGACGAUGCCUAGACCUCAAUCUAAGGGAAAGAGUAAUAGUCUGCGCAGCAGCUUGUUCGGGAGGAGAACAUCUCUGGGUCCGGAUACGUUUGCCUCACCUGCUGACUGUGAGCACUCGCCGACCGUAGACGACGAAACGCCAAGUCCUGUGGCGAUCAAGCAGAGCGGAAGCAAGCACUCUCCGCACACCCCGCACGAGUCCUUCACUCCACCAGACCCAAGUUGUCUCUCAAUCUCUGUCGAGAAUCGCGCAUCUCUCCCAUUCAACAGCUGCAGCUUUCCACCAGCCACGCCGACCGGACCUCGCGGCGAUUCGUUCGCGUUCAGCCUCGGUCAAAGCAAUCCCAUAAGCGGUUACUUCCAGAACGAUGUCGACACUUCGCUCACUUCACGCUUCGGGCAAGUCACGUUGUUCGGAAACGGUGAAUUUUCGCAGGUGUAUAAGGUCGAGAAGCCUCUGUUGGAUGGUCCAGGUGCGCAGUCAACAUCCAGCCCGGGGCGCAUCGUGUAUGCCGUCAAGAAGGCUCGGAAGCCUUAUACUGGGGUGAAAGACCGCCAACGAAAGAUGCAAGAAGUCGUCCUCCUGAAAGCCAUGCAAGGCCAUGAGCACAUCGUGCAGUUGGUCGACCACUGGGAGUCUAAGAAUCACCUUUACAUCCAGACCGAGUACUGCGAGAAUGGCAAUCUGAAGGACUUCUUGACUCAAACAGGGUGCAAGGGACGGUUGGACGAUUUCAGAAUCUGGAAAAUCUUGCUGGAGUUGUCACAAGGCCUGAAGUCUAUCCACGACCAGAACUUCAUUCAUCUUGACCUGAAGCCUGCCAACAUCUUCAUCGAUUGGGAGGGGCUGUUGAAGAUUGGUGAUUUCGGUAUGGCGAGUACCUGGCCGGCUCCCGCUGGCCUCGAUGGUGAAGGUGACCGCGAGUACAUCGGACCUGAAGUUCUUUCAGGCCGCUUUGACAAGCCCGCCGACAUCUUCUCGCUCGGUAUGAUCAUGCUUGAGAUUGCCGGUAACAUCGUGCUCCCUGACAACGGCGCGUCCUGGCAACGCCUUCGCGCUGGUGACCUCAGUGACCUGCCGAGCUUGACCUGGAGUUCCGAUAGCAGUCUGAGCCGAGAUGACUCGGGCGAUCCCAUCGAGCUACUGAAUGGCCAGUCCAAUGAGUCGCUCUGUACAUCCCAUCAAGGCGAUGAUGAUGAUCUCAGCUUCUUGCGCCCAGCACCUCCGAAGCACCAGCACCAGCGUCAUCACGAUCUCGAUAGCGCCCCGCAGUUCAUGGUCGACCCGACCGAUAGUGAGGCUCUUGAGACCAUGGUACAAUGGAUGAUCAAUCCGGAUCCAGAUCAGCGUCCGAAUAUUGAUCAACUUUUGUGCGCACACGGCGUCUUGUGGGUGGAGCAACGUCGUCGCGCAGGCGCUACGGUGUAUGAGGGCGCAUGGGGACCAGCUGAUGAUGUUCUCAAUCACGGACAAGAAGAGGACAUUGAGAUGAUGGAUAUUUGAACGGUGCCCAGAAAGUGGGACAGUUGUGGUCUCACCGCUUGAGCAUCCCUUACUGCACGGUGUCCAAGUCGUUGCACCCUUACUUGGGAGUCGUCUCGGGCCAUGCAUUAUCAACAUGAUGCAUCUUACGGGAAUAGCCAGACGUACGCGGAACGAAGAGCAGCACGGAGCGUUCACAGGCACAUGGGCGCAUUGAACGCCGGAUACAGGAGGACGACUGGAUGGGAAGAAACGAUGGGAAGACAAGAGAUCACGGCCGACUUACUACUGAACAUGUAAAUGGUAACGAACUAACGAGGGAGCAUUUUGCUGGGGCAUGAGAGAAGAGCGGACAGCGUCAAGCAUACGCCUAGCAUGAGCGAUGUUUUCGAUCUCUGAAAGGGUGUGGCCUUUACUGCUAGCUACGAUUACGGCUUGGGUUUGGCACGACUUGUCUUGGGAAUCGCUCGGAAAAAGGAAAUGCUAGCAUAGGCUACAGCAUUUAUAUUUAGAACCGCAAGGCUACCACACUAGAAAC